UUAUUCUUGUUCUUCCCCCCCUCCCCCACAUGUAUGUACCGAGCAAUGCUCUCACAUGCCGCAUAAUUUCAACAAUCCUCUAUCUGUAAGAUAGUUAAACUGUCAAAAACUAAUGAAAUAAGUGCGAACACUUAGAAACACAUCGAAUGAACUCGUUGGCUGUUGAGAAGUGCAUUUGCAAUAAUAUGUAAUUUUGUAAAAUCUCCUUGAUCACACAUAUAUCGGCAUGUCACAGAUAUGCCCCGAAAAUGAGACGGUCCCGGGCUCUCUGAGAUACUUUUAAAUACAAAAUUGUAAAAUGACGGAAUACAUGUGACGUUUUUUGGCAGUUUUUGUAUGUAAUGAUGCGUUUGAACUUCAAAACAAUCUUGCUUGUAUUGAUUGUCGCGACAUUGAGUUUUUUAUUUACCUCAUGGAAUUACUGUGGCAGUAACUUUUUGUUCCGUGGAGACUGGAAAACCAAAUAUCAACAUAAAGAUCGUUUAAGUACAGAAUCAGGAUAUCAAGAAAUAGAUUGUCAUAUAAAUGGAGAUUAUUCCAUAGGCUGUCGUAAAGAAGGUGACGAAGUAUACAUACCAUUUUCAUUUAUUCAUAAAUAUUUCGAGAUUUAUGGAAAAUUAGCUACUUAUGAUGGCCUGGAAAGAUUUGAGUGGUUGCACAGCUAUUCAAAGAUUAUAAGUCCCAAAGGAAAAUAUGAUCCCCGUGGGGUAUUUAUGACCUUUGAAAAUUACAAUGUAGAAGUCAGAGAUAGGGUCAAGUGCAUCAGUGGCAUUGAAGGUGUACCCAUAUCAACUCAGUGGGAAAGCCAAGGAUAUUACUAUCCUACGCAAAUUGCUCAAUUUGGUUUAUCGCAUUAUAGUAAAAAUUUAACAGAACCGGAACCUCAUCGAAAGAUCAUCGAGGAUUCCGAUAAAGUUAAGCAAAACUGGAACGUUCCUCAGGGAUCAGUUGUCAGCAGAGUGUACGACAACCAAGUCAAUAGUUACAUUUUGAAAUUUGCCACACCAGAGACUAGCGUAUCCGGGAUUUCUUUGAAACUGGAUCAUGUGUUGGACUUUGUUUUAAAAUGGGAUCUUAAUAUUAAGGAUAAUGGAAGUGUUACGGUUAUACUGCAGUCAAGAGAGAAAAAGGAGAUCUAUUAUCUUCACUACGUUACCAGCAAUACAGUUGUAUAUAAUUAUAAUAAUCACGUGUAUUAUGGAAUCGGGCAAACUAAUCAUCAGUGGAGACGCCUUACCAGAGAUCUAGUAGUUGAUUUGCAAAAAGGUCUCUAUUUAACUGACAAAAGUAGAAAAAAAUUGCCGCGAUCUAAGCUAAAGAUAGUGAAAAUAACUUUAUACGGUUCCGGUAUGAUUGACAAUAUGACACUUUCAACCAGCGAGCAUAUGGAACAGUUUUAUGAUGCAGCGAGAUGGUUCGUUGCGAAUCAAAACAUUACCUCAGGUGGUUGGCCAAAUCCUGUCAGAAGAAAAGUAUCAUCUGGGAUGGGCAUUCUUGAGCCUGGAUGGUAUUCCAGUAUGGGUCAGGGUCACGCGAUAUCAGUAUUGGCGCGCGCAUAUUAUCAUUCUGGCGAGGCGAAAUACUUACAGGCAGCAGUCAGAGGAUUACGGCCUUUCAGAUUGUCCUCUGCUAAAGGAGGCGUAGCUGCGAUGUUUUUAGGCAAAUACGUCUGGUACGAGGAAUAUCCUACGACUCCUUCUUCGUUUAUUCUCAAUGGUUUUAUUUAUUCGCUCAUUGGUCUGUACGAUUUGAAAACCAUAGCGACGGGAAAGGACGCGGAAGAAGCAUCCAGACUUUUUAAUCAGGUUGUAAGAAGGAAACACAAAAACGGGCUAAUAAUAGAAUUUGCGUUCGGAGCAAAUUUGUAAAUAAAGGAAUUCCUAAAAGAAGCCUGAAACUCUGAACUCAAAUACUAAAGGAUCAUAUAUACUAUCUUGCUUCAAAAUUUCAAUAAUAAACUAUGUAAACACAGCUUUGUCAUAUUACAAUUAUUAAUAUAUAGCGUGUCCUAAAAGUAUCGUCGAAUAUCUUAAGAACAGAUUUUUUUAACACAUUUUGUAUUAAAAUUUCCACCUCAGAAUGAUAAAAAUCAAUCAUCAAACAAUUUUCCGGUAGUUAAGAGACAUCCUGUCCAUAAUUAUGUCCUUAUACAUGUAAGAAUAUAUCAUAAUAUAUUAAAUGUGUACGUCAAUAUAUAUAUACAAAUAUAUUAAGUAAUAUAAAUUAAUAUACAUCGUAUACGUAGCAUAAAUUUACUCGAUUCUCUCAUAGUAAAGUCUUGCAAUAUAUUAUAUACUUGUAUAACGCGUGAGGAAAAGAAAGAAGUCACAAUAAUUUAUUUUUUACUAGUAUAGUUACGAGUAAGUUUUCCUAAAUUCUCAACUAAUUUUAUAAAGACAUAAUUAACAAAUAUGUAAUAAUGUUGUGAGUGAUCCAAUAAAACUUACUGUUU